AUGAAGUCGUUUGUGAAGGAUUCGUUUGUAGGGCAAAUAUUAUACCGAUUAUCAGGACGCAAAAUCUUUUUACAUCGCGAUGAACUACCGGAUUAUGUUAUACCAGAAAAGUAUUUGGUAACAGAAAAGCAAUUGUAUGAGACAACACAGACACUGGUCAAUAGUGAAAAAGAGGAUAGCAAAGAUGUUUCUUCCUCUUCAGAUAGUACAGUGUUAAAUUCACCGGCACCGGCACCGGCUGCUGCUGCUGCUGCUGCUUCAGAAUCAAAAGAUUCGCCCAAGAAUGAUGAUUAUAUAAUUGUAACCUGGGAUGGUGAUGAUGAUCCAGAAAAUCCAUACAAUUGGUCCUUUGGACUAAAAGCAAUUAUGGCGUUUCAAAUUUCAUUCCUUACUGUGUCUGUUUAUAUGGCUUCAGCAAUAUAUACCCCUGGUGUGGAAGACAUAAUGGAGAAAUUCAACAUAAGUCAAACAUUAGCUACUUUGCCAUUGUCAAUGUUUGUCAUUGGAUAUGGUAUAGGCCCUAUAUUUUUUAGUCCCUUGUCGGAACAUUCGAGGAUUGGAAGAACUUACUUAUACAUUAUAACCUUGUUCAUCUUUUGUAUGAUGCAAAUCCCCACUGCAUUGUCUACUAGCAUUGCUGGGAUGAGUGUGUUGAGAUUAAUUGCUGGGUUUUUUGCUAGUCCUGCUCUCAGUACAGGUGGUGCAUCAUAUGGAGAUUUCAUUAACUUGCCUUAUUUUGUUGUUGGAUUAGCUUCUUGGUCAUUGGGUGCAGUUUGUGGUCCCGCACUUGGACCUCUAAUUGGCUCCGUUUUAGUAGUUAGAGGAGGUCAUAAUGGAUAUGAAAGUUGGAGAUGGACUUUUUGGUUUAUGGCACUUAUUUCAUCGUGUUUCUUGAUAUUUGGCUGGACAUUGCCCGAAACUUAUGCACCUUACUUGUUAAGGAAGAAGGCUGAAAGAUUAAGAAGGUUAACAGGCAAUGAUCGUAUCAGAAGUGAAGCCGAAAUAAAAUCUGAAGGAGAACACACUUCUGUUGGUAAAGUGUUGAAGGAUUUAUUGUGGAGACCAAUUGAAAUUACCAUAAAGGAACCUGUUGUUUUGCUAAUUGAUAUCUACAUUGCACUCGUAUACAGUGUUAUGUAUUUGUUCUUUGAAGGUGUUCCUAUUGUUUUCCAAGAAACCAAACAUUUCACAUUGGUGGAAAUGGGUGUUGCAUAUACAUCAAUCGUUAUUGGUAUAGUCAUUGCUGGAUCAAUUUUCAUCCCCUAUGUUUAUCAGAUUUUCACUAAAAAAUUAUUGGCUGGAAACAUGGUGGUACCGGAGAUCUUCAUCCCUGCGGCUAUUGUCGGUGCAAUACUAAUGCCAAUAGGACUCUUUAUAUUCGGAUGGACUUCGUCACCACACAUCCAUUGGUUCCCGCCCUUGAUUGGAAUUGCCCUUUUUGCAGCUGGCGCAUUCCUCAUCUUCCAAACAUUGUUCAACUACAUGGCAUCAAGUUUCAAAGUUGAAUACUUGGCAUCUGUUUUUUCAUCAAAUGCAUUUUUCAGAAGUGUUAGCGCAGGAUGUUUUCCUUUAUUUGGCAGAGCAUUAUUUUUGAAUUUGGGACUGGAUAACUACCCCGUCGGGUGGGGAUCUAGUCUUUUGGCUUUCAUUGCUUGUGUUAUGAUUGCUAUCCCGGUGUUUUUCUACCUUAAUGGUCCCAAGUUAAGAGCUAGGUCAUUAUAUGCUUAUUAA